UUUUCACAGUAGGUAUGAGCGGGUCGGUUGGCAGCCUUGACCUGGGGGCGGCGACGAAGAAUUAAAAUCAGAACGCAACAAACCUUUACAUACAACAUCUACAUUUAAAGAGAAGCUUUGGCAAGAUGUCUUCUCACAAGUUUGAGUUGUUGGAUGAAGAAGUAGAGGCACUUCUAGAUCAAGUCACUGAUAAACUAGAGUGUGGGGUUGGACAGUGUAAGAGCCAAGAAGAACGGAAAAAGCUUCUGUUAGAAAUUGAACGAUCAUUGAAAGAUGCUAAUGAUUCAUUACUAGAGAUGGAUAUUGAAAUCAGGAAGGCUCCACUUGACUACAGAAACACUAUGACCAGCAAAGUGCAAAGAUACCACAAUGAAUUAUUAAGAUAUCAGAAACGGUUUGAACAAGAGAAGUGGACUCAUUCUACUGCUCAAGAUAGUGACACUUUUGAUGCUGAAAUACGUAAACAGGUGAUACAGGGCAAUGCAAUCCUAGACCGAACCUCGGCAAGCAUAGCAAAUUCCACAAAAAUUGUUAUAGAAAAUGUACACAUUGGAACAGAUGUCCUCGGUGAGUUAGGAACUCAAAGAGAAACUUUGACUCGAACAAGAGACAGGCUGAUUGACACAGAUGCCGAACUUAGUAGAAGCAGAAGAAUAAUUCGAUCCAUGUCACAUCAUGUGCUUUACAACAAGGUACUUUUAAUAGUUAUUAUUUUACUAGAGUGUGCAAUUCUUGGUGCUGUAAUCUACUGGAAAUUUUUCAUGAAAUGAUUGUCCAUUUGAUCUGAAUGUAUAUUAAGGACAUACUGUUGAAAUAUGUUUACAUAGUUUUUUUUAUUAUACUGUACCAAAGUUUUAUAUGCAAACCUGUAAGAGAGAGGUGAUUACUAUAUCAUGUAUGAUAAAUUUUAAUUUUGUAUUGUAUAUGAUUUGGGGCUGGGGGUAGGGGGAUCACAGCUUCUUACCAGCAUGAGAAUUAAUUUGAAUUUUUUUCUGGGAGAAGCCCCGUCGGCUCCCCGGAUAGCUCCGGGGAGCCUCCGGGUCUCGCCCAGAAAAUGGUGUUUCAUUACAUUCAAUGCUGAUUUUUUUUUAAAGGACCUAUGGAUAUUUUGUUUAAUUAGACUACUAUACCUUUGGAGAGGCACCUCUCCACAUGAACUGUGAUUGGAAAUAUACAGUACUGAGUACUGCAUAGAUCAAGGACAGUGACAAGUUUAGUCAUUAUUAUUUAAAUAGACUGUCACCAUCAGUAAGGGUUAAAUUAUAUAUUAGUUCUGUUAUGCAACAUUUUAUAUCUGGCUGUAGAUGUGAAGAUGUUUUAUAUUAUUCAUACUGUAUUUGUUCUCAUUACAAUUUUUUGUGCAGCUCA